AUUGUGUGUACUGAAACCAUAUAGGUUCUCGUCCUGCCUUCAGAGCGCAAAGUUCAAUUAAUUCUUAAAUUCCGUAAUUGGUCUUUAGUUGGAGAGCUGUAUGCCUGAAACAAGACUGCUCUUUUUUGGUCUCAUUUACCCUAGCCGAACACGAGGGCCCUUCACCUCUGACCCAAAAUGGCCGCGCCCAGAGCGUAGUUCUUUGCUUCUCCGAGGCGAGCUAAGAUUAAAAUCCUACAUCAUGUCCAAGCUAAGCCGGGCCACUCGGACCCUCAAGAAGCCCGAGGCCGGCGGCGUGAUCCGGUCCAUCGUGCGAGCAGGCCAAGCUAUUCCUGGGCCUCCACUAGGUCCCAUCUUGGGUCAGCGAGGUGUCUCUAUCAACCAGUUCUGCAAAGAGUUCAACGAGAAGACAAAGGACAUCAAAGAAGGCAUUCCCCUGCCUACAAAAAUUUUUAUAAAGCCCGACAGGACAUUUGAGCUCAAGAUUGGGCAGCCCACUGUUUCUUACUUUUUGAAGGCAGCUGCUGGGAUCGAGAAGGGGGCCCGGCAUACAGGGAAAGAGGUGGCAGGCCUGGUGAGUUUGAAGCACGUAUAUGAGAUUGCCUGUGUCAAAGCUAAGGAUGAUGCUUUUGCCAUGCAAGAUGUGCCCCUGUCUUCUGUGGUCCGUUCCAUCAUUGGCUCUGCCCGUUCCCUGGGCAUUCGAGUGGUGAAGGAGUGAGUAUCUUGAGAGGAAUCCAACCUCAGUGCAGAAGAACUGGAGGCUUUCCAGAAGGAACGAGCUGUGUUUUUGGCUGCUCAGAAAGAGGCAGAUUUGGCAGCCCAGGCAGAAGCUGCCAAGAAGUGACCCCAACUUUCUACACUCUGAGAAUUUGAAGUGAGAGGCUGAGAAAGGGGGCCACAGAGGAAGCUGAGCCAAAGGACUUCAUGGCAACCCGAUUUCUAGUUUCCUGACAUGUUUCUGUACAUUUGCUGUGCCAGGGGAUCAAGCCUGAAUAAAUAUCCUUUGUCAUCAACUCUCAGCUUCUCUCCUGAGACCCCAGAGAUGGGGACCAAUACUGACAGUUCCCAGCCUUCACAGGUGUGAGCUGCCCUACAGGUGAACGCAGCCUCAACCAAGCAAAUUAUCAUGCCCAGUGCCUUGGUCAGCCUUGUAUUAUAUCAAAAUAACCAAAGCUUGGUGCUUUAUAAAGAAAAGGUAUUGAUUUGGCUUCUGAUUCAUGGUGCUGGAGUAUGGCAAGGCUCACUUGCUGUAUGACAGCAUGGUACAGUGGAAACAGUCACAUACAUAGGGCCAUCUGUGUGAGGUAGCCUCACCUGGACCAGUCCCCGCCUUAAGGCCAACAUUAGUGAAGGUUGGACUCCCAGACCCCUCCGCCAGACCACACUUUGAUUUAUUCAUUUUAUAUGUGACUGUUUUGCCUGCAUAUAUGUGAGUGCACUGUGUGCAUGCUUGGUGUCUGUCAGAAGAGGGUAUUGGAUCCCCUGGAGCUGGAUUUAUGGGUAGUUGUGAACCAGUAUGUGGAUCCUGGAGUUGAACCUGGGUUCUCUGUAAGAGCAACAAACAAGUGCUCUUACCUCCUGAGCCAUCUCUCUACUCUAUCCCCCUUUUUUGAGAUAGGAUCUCUGGAUAUCCUUGAACUCACGGAGAUCCACCUGCCUCUGCCUUCCACAUUGCUGGGACUAAAGCUUGCACCACCAUACAGGGCAUAGCCCCCACUUCUUAAGGAUUCCACCACCUUCCACACUGGGAAGCAAGCCUUCAGCCCAUGAGCCUCCGGGGCACGUGUCGUAACAUUCAGGCUCUGAGUAGGUACAAGUGGAGUAGAGCCCAGGGAGAAAUCCUAUGUUCAGGGUUGAAGAUGUUGUUUCCUGAUGGAGCUGCUCCUUACACAAAGCCUCAACUUCUAUUCCCAACACUUCAGAGCACAUAAGCCUGUGCUCUUCCCUCGGGGAUGAGAGAAGGCACAGUCGAUGGGGUCCACAGACACUAAGGCUUGGCUGUGUUGCUUGUCUUUUCUUAGUAUAACUGUUGGGGAGUUUGUAUCUGAGAAGCAGGAGCCUGACAGAGAAUUCAGACCACAGAUAGGGUUAUCCUUUAUCCAGGGGCAGCUUCAGGCCUCCCUGCUGAGUUGACAUGAUUGUUUCUGAGGCAGAAUCUCAUUAUUUAGCCUUGGCUGGCCUGAAACUGGCUGGCUAGGCUACAGCCUGACCUCUCAGUGCUCCAGUUAAAGGUGUGCAUUACCCCACCCGGCUCCUUACUAAGUUUGGUUAUUUGCUUUUUUAAAACUUGCCAUUUGGGGCUGGAGAGAUGGCUCAGAGGUUAAGAGCACUAGCUGCUCUUCCAGAGGUCCUGUGUUCAGUUCCCAGCAACCACAUGGUAGCUCAUCACCAUAUAUAGUGAGAUCUGGUGCCCUCCUCUGGCUUGCAGGUAUACAUGCAGGCAAAACACUACGUAGUAAAUCUAUAAAACAAAACUUGCUGGUUUUUUUGUUUUUGUUUUGUUUUGUUUUGUUUUAAUGCUGUUGGAGAUGAAACCCAGGGCCUCAUUCAGCCAGAGCCAGGACUGUGUCCCUCUCAGCUCUGCCUCUGCCAAGCUUGUGAAUCUACCCUGGGUCAGGGAGAACAGCCGAAUCACAGCCCAGACCUACAUAAGUGAAAUUCCAGUAGACACCUGCCUGAGAAGUCCUUGUGGACCCUUGACCUGCCUGAGAAGUCCUUGGGGACCCUUGGUCUGCCUGAGAAGUCCUUGGGGACCCUUGGUCUGCCUGAGAAGUCCUUGGGGACCCUUGGUCUGCCUGAAAAGUCCUUGGGGGCCCUUGACCUGCCUGAGAAGUCCUUGGGGGCCCUUGACCUCCUGUUUUCCCAUUCUACAAAACAUCAAGUGUUCUCUCAGAAGAGAGGCAGAAUUGACAGGAAAGAUGAAGUCUGUGUUUGCCGUGUGUUGCAUGCUGGGCAUUAUUUUUUGCUUGUUAACAUUCUGAACAAUUUAGUCAAAUUUUCACAUAGUAUUAAUAGUUCAACAUUGUUUACUAAUACAAUUAAAACUUUUAUUACGUGUA